AUGGCCAAAGUUGAUUACCUCUGUGACUGUUUAUACGAGAUAUUGUGCGACUGGUUGCACUGGUACUACGAGAAAGACAGCACCAGGAAGCGAUUCCAUCCGGCACAAACGGAGGUUGAAAUCUAUCUAUCUAUCUAUCUAUCUAUCUAUCUAUGUUCAUUCAUAACUAAUUCCUUCAUAUCUAUAUAUCUAUCUGUCCGUCUCUCUAUGCCUUUAUUUAUUCAUAUAUCUAUCUAUCUAUCUAUCUAUCUAUCUAUCUAUCUAUCUAUCUAUCUAUCUAUCUCAGUCAUUCAUAUCUAUCUAUCUAUCGAUGUUCAUUCAUAUCUAAUUCCUUCAUAUCUAUCUAUCUAUCUAUCUAUCUAUCUAUCUAUCUAUAUCAGUCAUUCAUAUCUAUCUAUCUAUCUAUCUAUCUAUCUAUGUUCAUUCAUAUCUAAUUCCUUCAUACCUAUAUAUCUAUCUGCCUUUAUUUAUUCAUAUCUAUCUAUCUAUCUAUCUAUCUAUCUAUCUAUCUAUCUAUCUAUCUAUCUAUCUAUCUAUCAUUAUGUAUGUGCGUCUGUGUGUCUGUGCGUUUAUCUGCUGUUCACAUCUAUCUAUCUAUCUAUCUAUCUUUUUUUAUUCAUAUCUAUCUGUAUAUGUAUUUAUCUAUCCCAGUCUAUUCAUAGAUAUAAGUGUGUCUAUCUAUCUAUCUAUCUAUCUAUCUAUCUAUCUAUCUAUCUCCUUGUUUAUUUAUAA